AUGAAUCAUUGUGUUCGAUUAUUAUUAUUAUUCACUCCAUCGUUAGCUGCUCUCGGCUUACUUGGAAUAGCAUUCGCUACCAACUGGUGGACUAUUGCAUUAGAAAAAAAUAUUCCCAAAGAUAGUUCGUUUAAUUCUCCAAGUGACGACCGCACUCAAUCGAUCUUAAUUCGUGUACCCGUCUCACGUGGCCUAUUUUCGGAGUGCAGUGCAUAUCGUAAUGUCAAAGUGCUCGUUUCGGAUACGUUUGACUUUCGUCCAAACUUCACUCUGAUCGAAAUUGACAAAUUAGAACAAGAAAACUGCACAACUGAACAAUUUCAAUGUGUAACAGGCGUGGCUAUCGCCCGUCCAGUAACACGCUGUAUCGAUAAUCAACGUCGAUGUAAUCGUAUCGUUGAUUGCGAAGAUAAAAGUGAUGAAACCAAUUGUUCUGGUACGAAUGCUGUGCAUGAUCACGAAUUCUUUCAAUGUCCAACGGGUUAUAUGAAAUGUCAAGAUAAGAAAUCGUGCUAUCGACCUAAUGAACAAACAUGUGAUGGCGUUUCGAAUUGUAUUGAUGAUUCAGAUGAAAUGAAUUGUAAUGCAGAGAAAUGUCAACAAAACAAACAUGUCUUCUGUCCUCGAGAUGGUAAAUGUGCCCGACGAGAUAAUUCGAAACGAUGUGAUGGUAUUGUCGAUUGUGCCGAUCAUUCAGACGAAGACAACUGUCAACGCUGUAAUGGAGAUCUAUCGAUUAUUUCAUGUGAUUCAAAAUGUUUUCGCAGUGACUAUCGAUGUGACGAUAUAGUUCAUUGUUCAAAUUUUCAGGACGAACUUGGUUGUGAUGAUUAUACAACAAGCACAUCAGCACGACAUAAGAAAUUUUUGCACAGUGAUCUAUCGUGUAUGGAACAACGUUUUAACCCAUUUCGUAUACAUCCACCAACUAUUUCGAACGCAUCAUUAAAAUCCUAUUCGGAACCACAGCAACGCGUCGAAUAUUUAAAUACAGUUUUCUAUCUCCAAUUAGUCGUUUUCUAUGGUAUCGUUGGCGGGUUGAUCUUUCUUUUAUUGGCAGUCGUAUCAUUAUUCUUCUUUGGUUGUUGCCGCCGACAUUGUAUUGGUGUGCCGUUCUUCUUCUAUGGCUUAUGGAUGUUUUUAGCAUGGGUGUUGAUCAUGAUUGGGUUGGGCACGUUUGCCGCCAUGUGGUUUUGGCAAAAGCAAACUGUUUUAGAUGCAGGAAAGAGUUUACCAAGCGAAAUCAUGAUCCAUGAAAGAAAUCCGACCUUACGACAUAUCGAAUUCUUCGGUUUAAGCUUUUGGUUAGCAUGCGGCGCGGCACUGUCAACAUUUAUUGGAUUGCUAUUGUCAUGUUGUAAUAUGAAAUCAUGCAUAUGCAUGCGUACUAAAAUUUGUCAUUGUCUAUCGAAGCUCAAUCUCACCGCGUUUCUCUUCUCUACUUCUUUUUUUUAA